AGGAGGAAAUCACUCUCUGAGAGUACCUUAUUUUUGGAACAACCCAAAGAAACCAUCUUGUUCUUUCUCUUCCUCUCUCUCAUCCACUCUCUCGGUCCGUUGUAACCUGUUGGGUGAUCCUGCAGGCAGAGGAGGCUCAGGCUGAGAUCUACAUCUCAUUGCUGCAUCGGCAACUCUGUUCGUUUCGAAGAUUCUCGUGAUAUAGAAGCUCUUCGAUCUGAGGUUAACAUGGGCAUCGCAAUUUCAUGCCCAGGAGCUGCCUAUGAUUCUAUAAAUGAUAGCUUGGAAGCUGUCCUUAAUAGAUCUAUCGGUUUAGGUGACAAUGUGAGAUCGACUCUGCAGUCCAUCGGUUUCAAUGGCCGAGACUACUGUUUGCCUGCCAUCCUCGAGGCUUUUGGCCUAGCUAAGUCACUGAUAAAAGGAUCUUUCCACUUGGAACCAAAAAUCUCGACAAAGAGUCCUGCCCUUGAGCCGGAUAACUCCACAAAGUCUGAUGAUCUUGAAGGUUUGAAGUUUACUUCUUUGGUGAAGAGGUCCCGAGAAUCAACCUCGAUUAGGCCUGACAACCCGAAGCAUGAAGCUGCCGUAAAGUUACAGAAGGUGUACAAAAGCUUUCGGACAAGACGACAGCUUGCAGACUGUGCCGUACUUGUCGAGCAGCACUGGUGGAAGUUGUUGGAUUUUGCACUGCUCAAGCAAAGCUCUGUGUCUUUCUUCGACAUUGAGAAACCAGAAUCAGCAAUGUCACGGUGGUCCAGGGCGACGAUCAGGGCUGCAAAGGUUGGAAAGGGCUUAUCAAAGGAUGAGAACGCUCAGAAACUUGCUUUGCAGCAUUGGCUGGAGGCUAUUGAUCCUCGGCAUCGUUAUGGUCACAAUCUUCAAUUCUACUAUGAUCGUUGGCUUCAAUGCGAUAGCAUGCAACCCUUCUUCUACUGGCUUGAUGUCGGAGAAGGAAAGGAGGUCAACCUCGAAGAACGAUGCACUCGUUCAAAACUUCAACAACAGUGCAUCAAGUAUCUUGGCCCGAAAGAGAGGGAAGCAUAUGAAGUCAUAGUGGAGGACGGAAAAUUCAUGUACAGGCAGAGCAGGCAACUUCUGGACACAUCCAAUGGCCAAAAAGAUGCUAAGUGGAUUUUUGUGUUAAGCACGUCAAAGAAAUUAUAUGUUGGUCAGAAGAGAAAAGGCAAAUUUCAGCACUCUAGUUUUCUUGCCGGAGGAGCUACUUCUGCUGCUGGCCGAUUAGUUGUAGAAGAUGGAGUUCUAAAGGCUGUGUGGCCUCACAGCGGGCACUAUCGCCCAACAGAAGAGAACUUCCAGGAACUCAUGAGCUUUCUCGAGGAAAAUAGUGUCGAUCUCACUGAUGUUAAGAGAAGUCCUACCGAAGAGGACGAUGAACCCUGCAGUAGUCUCAAAAACAGCCACUCCGAACUGAACUUGGCUGAAAGAAAUGUCUCCAUGGAAACUGAACACCGAGUAGAUUUAUCUCGUCUUUCCAGGGGAACAACGACCGAUAUGGCCUCAGGCACCUCUUCAUUCGAGGCAUUUAAAGAAGUGAACCUCGGUUGUUCUCUUGCUGAUUUGAAAUUAGGAGGAGAAGACAAAUCAGAAUCAUCAAUUGACAUGCAGCUCCACCACAAAUUCCGCAAGCAAAUAAUUGCCGAAGACAAUGAAGAGAGCGAAGAUGAGGUUCACGAAAACAGUACUAGUUCAGAUAAUUCGAAGAAACACUACAUGUUCCGGAAAAGCAAUCUCUUUCUCGAGGAGCAAGAAGAGGAUGAAGAAGCCUUCGUGCCAUCGGAAUCGAUACUCCGAAGGAUGAAUACAAAGAAAGCCAUUCGAUCGUAUCAGCUGGGGAAACAGCUCUCUUUCAAGUGGACAACAGGUGCAGGGCCUCGAAUCGGGUGUGUGCGGGACUACCCUUCGGAACUUCAAUUCCGAGCUUUGGAGCAAGUAAAUCUGUCACCAAGAAUUCCUGAAAUGUUCAGAUUUGCUUCGCCAUGGAUCCUAAAAUGUCCAACAACUCAGGAAGCGUCUGUGCUUAAGGUGCUUCAGCAGCAACCACACAAACCUGGCAAUGGUAGAUGAAGAAGCCAAUCCCUUGGUCCUGUGUGUGUAUAUAUAUGUGUACUCAAUUGUAUUGUAGAAAGCGUAUUCGAUUCAUUUGUUUUGUAGAUCUUGUAGAGAACUUUCUCACUAAAACUGCAUCAAAGUUUUGAUGGAUCAACAAAAUUCAC